AAUGCUUAAAUGUGUGUUAAUUUAUAUUAAUUUAUAUCUUUUUCUUCCCAUAUGACAGCAAUGGGGACAUUAAGAAUUCACCAUAGUGGCACUUUUUGCAUGAGUGGUAGUACGGAUGUUAGGUAUGCUGCAGGCGAAGUACAUGAUGAGGAUAUUGAAUAUCAUCGUGUGACUUUGUCGUACUUAGAGGAGAGGGUAAAAAGCCUCGGGUAUAUGCAUUUUAAGGACAUAUAUUACAAAGAUCCUUAUGUGGAAAAUUUUGGUGAAGCAGUAAAGGUUAUAAAUAGUAAGCAGGAGCUUAUUCACAUGCGGUACCUUUUAAAUGAAAGGGGAAUUAUAGAUGUGUAUGUUGAGCAUGUCUGUGAUGAGCCAGAUAUUUUAGAUUUGCUUGAAGGUGGCACUUUUCUGCAAGAACCAGUUGAUGAAGGUACAAUGGACAUUGGGGAAGGCUGUGUGACACAAAAUUCACAACCAGCCCCAACUGGUCAUGAAGCUCCAGAAACAGCAGCUGAAGGUGAUGCUGAUGAAACAGAUGCACUGCAUGAAGGUGAUGCUGAUGAAACAGAUGCACUGCAUGAAGGUGAUGCAGCCCAACAAAAAGAUCUACAGAAUAAUGAUCAUGAUGAUGAGGAGUUGCCUGAUAUUGUGCAUAAUGAUGCAGAUGAAGAGGAUAGUGGGGAAGGCUGUGUGACACAAAAUUCACAACCAGCCCCAAAUGUUCAUGAAGCUCCAGAAACAGCAGCUGAAGGGGCAAAAUGGUACCUUUUGCCGCUUCCUUUUGAUAAAUCAAGAGAUUCUUUCCAGGGUCCAGAGUGCAAGUUUGCACAGAAGAUGGCAACGAGCAGCAGAGAAAGCCGUCGGAGGAAGAUCGUCGAGAGAGGAGCCGACCGCCUUGCUUUUAUACAAGGUCGGAUCUCAACCCUUCCCGCGAAUUCUCAGGAUGAGAGCACUAGUGGUCUAUCUCAGCCGCCGGUUUCACUCGCUCAAGAUCCACCGCCGACUGUCUCCCAUCAAGCCACCGUCUCUGCUUGUGCUGAGGAAGAAGCUGCUUUUCCUGAUUUGCCAAAACAGGAUUCCCUUGCAGAUGUUGGUCUGACUAAUGCUCAUGAAGGUGGAGUUGGUGGGGAGGUAGAAUCUCAUGUGGGUGAAACUGGGGUUGAAGGUUCAACAGUUUCUCCAUUGAAUUUUAGCAGGGAAGUAGAACAAUUGCCGGCUUCAAUACCAGAUCAAAGUCCAGCAAUCUCUACUUCAGAAACAAUAGAAAGCUCAGAACUACAGAGGCGCCAGUAUAACCGGUUUACCCCAAAACUAAUAAUUUCUGCUAUCUCAUUAUCUGAGAGGAUACGCCUUUUUUGUUCUAUAACAGUGGCUAUUUUGGUUGUUUUCUCACAUCUAAGGCUGCCUCUGCUAGGCAGCUGGAUCAUUAAGAGUAUUAUUAGCUUUGGGGCUCUUUACUUGGUUCUACUUACCAAUCUUACAAUUGUGAUUGCACAACUUCUUUUCCACGAUCAUGGAGCAAUAGAAAGACCCGUGAAUGGGGAGACUAAAAGUGCUGCAACAGAUGAGUAUGGUUGGGCUAAGCAAUUAAGCAAGACUUUGGAGUUAGGCCAUGUAAUGCAGAAGGUGCUUGAUGCUGCAUUCAUGGAUUGUGGUGUAUAUGCAAUAAUCAUCGUAUGUGGCCUCUCCUUUGCUUAGCUAUUCAGCUGCAGGUUUCUAUUUCAAUUUUUUUAACAGUUGUAUUGCUCAUAAUAUGGCAUAAUAUGACUUUAACUUCUUGCCAUGGAUGGCUUCUCUUUGUUGUCACAUAUAUUAAGGACGGUUUUCUUUUAGCAUACUUGUGAUUGCUUGUAGACUACUUUCAAUAAUACAUCUUUGCCCGU